CACUAUGCAUUGGACUGGAUUUUAAACCAAAAUUUGGGGAAAAAAAGGGGAAAACCGUGACAUGAGUCGCUCUAAGGCAAAAAACCAUUUGACUUUUCCUAGGUAAUAGUUAAGAAAAAAUGAAUAGUACAGUCGUUAUAAUUACACUUGGUGUUUAAGCACAGUACAAUUAAAAAAUAAAAAAAAAUAGUGCAGGACUUAAAUUUACAAAGUCCAUGUAUUCCAUAUAGUUUUCAAUUUAAAAAAUAAAAGUAUAAGAUCGGUGCCCGUUUUCUAUUUAGAGCACCCGUAGUCCAAAAAUUCUGUGUACGCCCCUGAUGGCCAGAGACAGGCACGAGGAGGAGGAGGAGGAGGUGGUUGACGGAGGAGCGACGUGGAAGACAAGAAUGGCAUGAACGAAUGUUUUAGAAGCAAUUUAGGCGACAUGGAGGGACGUUGUCACCUUAAAUGAAGGCGUCUGUGCACGAAGUCCCUGCUUAAUAAGAAAAUAGCUCGCUCUUAAAAUAAGUCGUCAAAAUGGACGGAGGAUUGAGCAUUACUAUGAUAUCGGUCGUAAUGUUUGUCGGUUGUUUCCUACUCGGAUUCAUCCCUCUUUUGUUUCGACUUUCACAGAGAAGCCUGCAUUUUGUCUCCAUCCUGGGUGCGGGCUUCCUGUGUGGGACAGCCCUCGCCAUCACCAUCCCAGAAGGAGUGGGCUUACUGCAAGAGGCAUGGACACAUGAGCAAGCUUCUUCAUCUGCUGCCAAUACCACCUCAACAGGAAGAGCCCCCUCACCUCAGUUGUACAUGGGGGUGGCUUUAACGUUUGGCUUCACCUUCAUGUUUAUGGUGGAUCAACUAGGAAGUUACUUUUCCAUGUGUGGACAAACGUCGCCAAACAGUAACGCCAUCACAGCCACAUUAGGGCUGGUGAUUCAUGCAGCAGCCGAUGGAUUCGCUCUGGGUGCAGUGGUGGCCACGGGCCAGGUGACUGUGCAAAUCAUUGUGUUUUUUGCUGUGAUUCUACACAAGGCCCCUGCAGCUUUUGGUUUGGUUGCCUUCCUGAUGCAUGCAGGCCUGGAAAAGAAGUCCAUCCAGGGACAUUUGUUGGCCUUUUCAGCUGCAGCACCAGUAACUGCCAUCGCCACAUACUUCACAUUGCACGCGUCUUGCACUUCCUCUGAAAACCAGCUCACUGCAACCGGCGUGGGAAUGCUCUUCUCGGCUGGGACUUUCCUCUUUGUGGCCACAGUGCACGUUCUGCCUGAGAUUAUAAGCAGCAGCAGUAGUCACAGUUUGGCAGGCCAACAUUCCAGUCACCUCCAGCAGCAGCAGCAGCAGAGCCACCUAGGCCUUCAGGAGAGCUUCACUCUUGUUCUCGGGGUGGGUCUUCCUGUGCUGCUUGCUCUGGGACUUCAUGAUGACUGAGAAGGCCUUAAUGUAUGUGUGCAAGCUGAGAGAUGCUGUCACCGAGCCAGCAUGCCAAAGAAAAAUGAAUUGAGGACUAUACCACUAGAUGAUACAUCACAGCAUACCAUAGCAAUCCCUAAAUGUUCUGAGAAGCGUAUUGGAACCAUCUGCUUGCAACAUUGAACGCAUCAGCUAGAAGAAGACGCGCUAGCAAACAACAGCGGCACAGAAUGAGUCUCCUGUGUUUACCUCUCUGCUUGUGGAUGUCGCCCACAGUAAGAUGAUGUUAUUCAAGAAGAGACUAAAGGCCGCUGCAGCGAAGUGAAGACUAGGGAGAACUAAUACUGCUAUAUCCAGAGCUCAGGUACAACAGCGGGGUAAGCUAACAUUAGCAUGUAUGGUUUUGCCUUUUCUUCAAUGUUAGGAUGCGGUGAUGACAAAUGAACGAGCAUCAGCUUUGCAUUUUCUAGGAACUCAUUUCGAACAGGUACGGAAAAUUGUUGGCAUCAAUUGCGAGUAGAGCUCUAUAGAGCCGAUACCAGGCAGUGGAAAAGGGGCAGUACGCCACUUGAUCCAGCAGAAUUUUUAAGUAAAACGUUUUUUUUUACACAGUAGAGAUUAAAUUGUUAAAUUAAUUUGUUUGAAUAAACUCGUAUUUUUCAUAUUUAAUUAUUUUUCCUUCCUCGCUUGUGUCUGUCAGACCGUGUUCCUGCCAACUCUCCCUGUCCUUUCCCCAAAUUUGAUAUGACUGGCAUUUAAAAAAAAAAAAAAAAGACAAAUAACCCCUAGGAAUUCUGCCUAGUAACAGGCCGUGAUGUGAAAUUUUGACAUGACCAGCUAAAAGAGGGAAAAUGUCGCAACCUAUAUAAAUAGGCUUUAUUUAAUGAAUAAUUUGUUGUCUGAGUGGGUGUAUGCGAUAUUACGAUUGAAAUAAGCACAACUGACAGUACUGCACUGUAUUCAUACAUUAUAUAGCGGGAGCCUACCUAAAUGUUUGGUACCCUGCCAGUUAUUUUCACAUAAAAAUGCCACUAAGUGCUUGGGGGCAAUGCCAUGUCAUCAUUACUUUUCUGUUCAUAACCUCACCACCUUGUAGGAAAAAAAUGUGCAAAUGUUUGCAGUGGGAGAAGUAAUAGCUCAGACACCCUGAACAUGAUGAACAUUUUGUUCUUUCAAUCAACAUGUUUACUUUGCAUUUGCUCGUGACACACAAUAAUAGAGCACAAAAGCAUGCACCAUGGGAACCUGCUUACCCUGGUUAACUUGAUCUCAGUGGAACACUUCCUUAGGGACAGUAAUUGUUGUGGAUUACAUGAGCCUUCCAAUGGGCGUUGUACUAGUGCACUAUUUCCAUUACACAAGUGAAAAAAUGGCUAUCACCUUAUGCCGAUUAUGAUGCUAAAAAUGCAUUUCUUUCAACUAUGAUGACACAGACAUGAUGCAAAAUUGACUUGUGAUGUGCGUGUGAUGCAAGGUGGGUGUACAAAGUAAAUAAUUGAAAAAUUUGGCAACAAAGGGCUCUACUUGAAUGUCAUUGCAAGGACUUCCCAAAUGUUGAUAAUAAGAGAAGACCGGAGAGACCACUCGUAUGUAACAACUAUUGUUGCUUCUAAGAUACAACUGUGUUUAGUCUGAGAAGAAAUUUGAUGCGAUUCCUUUUUUAUUCAAAACCUAACCUGACAAGCUUGUGUAAACAGUUGAAGUGUGAAAUAAAAUCAGAAAAUCUACUCGAGCCAAUAAAGCGAUGUUCUCAGCCUUUUCCAGUGCUGGCUGGCUUAAGUCCAUCCAUCCAUUUUCCUCCGCUUAUCCAGGUCCGGGUCGCGGGGGCAGCAGUCUCAGUAGGGAAGCCCAGACUACCCGGGCCCCGGCCACCUCCUCCAGCUCCACUGGGAGGACACCAAGGCGUUCCCAGGCCAGCUGUGAAACAUAAAACCCUCUGCCCCGGGAGCAACAUUGAUCGAUCGGUAAAUUGAAAGCUUUGCCUUCCGGCUCAGCUCUCUCUUCACCACGACGGUUCGGUACAGCGACCACAUUACUGCAGACGCUGCGACGAUCCGCCUAUCGACCUCACGCGCCAACCUACUUAUACUUGAACUCCUCUACCUGGGGUAGGACCUCAUUCCCAACCCGGAGGGAGCAAUCCACCCUUUUCCGACUGAGAACCAUGGCCUCAGAUUUGGAGGUGCUGAGUCUCAUCGCAGAAGCUUCACACUCAGAUGCAAACUGUCCCAGUAAACGCUGAAGGUCACAGUCCAUUGAGGCCAUCAGGACCACAUCGUCUGCAAAUAGCAGCGACGAGAUCCUAAGGCCACCGAACUGGACUCCCUCGACACCUUGACUGCACCUAGAAAUUCUGUCCAUGAAAAUUAUGAACAGAAUUGGUGACAAAGGGCAGCCUUGGCGGAGGCCAAUGUUCACCGGAAACAGGCUUGACUUACUGCUGGAAAUGCGAACCAGGCUCCUGCUCCGGUUGUACAAGGACUGAAUGGCACGUAGUAGCGCGCCACCAAUCCCAUACUCCCGGAGCACCCCCCACAGGACACCGCGAGGGACACGGUUGAAUGCCUUUUCCAAGUCCACAAAGCACAUGUAGACCGGUUGGGCAAACUCCCAAGUACCCUCCAGGACCCUUGCAAGGGUGAAGAGCUGGUCCAGUGUUCCGCGACCAGGACAAAAACCACAUUGCACCUCCUGUAGUCGAGAUUCGACGAACAGCCGUAUCCUUCUCUCCAGCACCCUGGAAUAGACUUUCCCAAGGAGGCUGAGGAGUGUGAUCCCCCUAUAGUUGGAACACACCCUCCGGUCACCCUUCUUGAAAAGGGAGACCACCACCCCGGUCUGCCAAUCCAGAGGUACUGUUCCCGACUUCCACACAAUGUUGAAGAGACGUGUCAGCCAAGACAGUCCCUCAACAUUCAGAGUCUUGAGGAAUUCAGGGCAAACCUCGUCCACUCCCGGAGCUUUGCCACUGGGGAGCGUUUUGACUACCCCAGAUACCUCAGCUACAAUAAUGGAACUGUCCGCGUUUGUGUCCUCAGACUCUGCUUCCUCUAUGGAAGGUACAGUAUGUCAGUGAGAUUGAGAAGGGCAUCAAAAUAUUCCUUCCACCGUCCGACUAUAUCCUCAGUCGAGAUCAGCAGGCCCCUGUCCCAGCUUCGAGCUAUCGAGCAUGGCUUAAGUCCAAAAGAACUUAAACAUUUGUUGCCUUUCAGGUUUUUCUUUUUUCUACAUGAUAUUUGCAUAGUGCAAACUUAGUGCAUGUGCAGGAUUAGGCUGAAUGCAGAAAAAGCGUUUUGGAACUGUUCUUCUGUUCACUAUAAGUGAAUUUCCGUUAGUAUUUUCAUGGUUAUAGCAUAGAAAACCUGUAAUACAUGUUUUUCCAUUAUUAGCGCCCUGUAGACAUGUAAUGACACCCCCAUUGUCACCUUUACACUUCUAUUAGUCUUUGUUUACACCACAUUGCGCAACUUUAAUGCGAUGCUACAGGAUCACCGCAGGGACACGAGAUGGCCACUGCUUUUAGGACAGCAAGAGCUAAAUAGUUCGCCUCCAAUAUAGUUAUUCCGAACUUAAGAAAGGGUUUCAAACAGAAUUGGGGGGAGGUAAAGGACAAAGUAAGAAGCCAAAAACUUACCAAUUCCACACGGAAUGGGAGGAGAACCUGUUUUCAUGUUGGACAUGCCAUGGCUGACUCCAUGCAGUGUUAAGGUAGUGCAAUGUAAGAUCAUGUCUCAUCAAUGUGACAUUACUGACACCUAGUGACCAGAAUAUUACAUGACUUAUAUUUUUUACAAAACAGCGAUCAUUUAUUUUUGAAAAACCACAAAGUGGCGAGGGAGGACAGUAAUGCCAAGUCUUAUUCAGUUACAUAAACUGACUGCAACUGUCUAUAAAAGAUUUAAAAAUACAUUUCGUCCCAUGUUAUUUGCACUUUUUUAAUUGUACUGUACUUUUCACCAUAAAGAUGUAUUAACUGAGGCAAGUGAGGCCUGCAGUUCUUCGGAUGUAGUUGUGGGGUCUUUUGUGACCUCUUGGAUGAGUCGUUGCUGUGCUGUCUGGGUAAUUUUGGUUGGCUGGCCACUCCUGAGAAGGUUCACCACUGUUCCAUGUUUUCACCAUUUGUGGAUAAUGGCUCUCUCUGUGGCUCGAUGGAGUGCUUUAUAACCUUGUCCAGACUGAUGGAUCUCAAAGAUCUCAAGGGGGCAAGAUUGUAGUUUCAAAGUACUUGUGUCCAAGGCCCCCAAGGCCAAAUUGGGACACUAACUUUAUUUUGGAGGCAGCAGCUGUAGCAUUACACCACCAGGCACUGACGGAUGAGGGGGUGAUUUCUGCCAUUUUAUUGUCUUAUUCUGCUUCGUGCUGUCAAUCAUUGUGGCAUUUUACUUGUCUCUUUUUUUCCCCCACUCCUGCCUCGGGGUUCACGCCAGCAAUGGCCAUCCUUUGUGCAUUUGCCUUAUAAAAAUGGAGCCCCCCAUACGCACAAUGGCUACCCUUGCUCUCGUUUAAAAAAAAAAAAGUUCUAUGGCACACUGUUAACUUUGAACACUGAAUUUACUGUAAUGUUAAUGAUUCAUAGAGAGUUUGUCCAUUGAUCCGUAAGAACACUUGUAAGGUCAGAGGUCACUGAAGUUGAGCUGCUGUCUCAGCAUCUCUUGAUGGACCAUAAACUGUAAUGAUGUGUUAUCAGAGGUUCAAGCGGCUGAUGGAGGCAGCCAGCUGAGCUUCCUGAGCCAUGUGCGCAAAAGAGCGCCUUUGUGUCUGCUGUCUCACUCUCUCCCGCAAGUGAAAGGAUGCCAGCGCCUGCUUGUGCGCCUCCUGUUGGAUGUGUUCUCGCUCUCUGCGCAGCCUCUCACGCCUCCAUUCCUUCAUGGCAAUGCUGCUCUCCCUGGCCCUCCUCGCCGCCUCCUCCUCCCUCUGCACGUUCUCUCUGAGCCUCUGGUGGCGGAGUUGCCUGUGUUUGUUGUGCUGAUGUGUCUGCUGGGCUCUCUUCCUGUGGUGGGCCAAUGUGUGCUCGGUGGCCCUCAGGGUGCGUUGCUGACUCACCUUGACCAGGAGGUGCUUGUGUGUGAGCUGCUGGAUGCUCUGCAGCUUGGCCCUGAGUUGGGCUCUCUGUAUCUGCUUCUCCUCCUGAGCCGCUCGCUCCUGCAGCUCUGCCACUCGGGCCUCCACGUGUCGGGCGUGCUUCUCACAAGACUGCUGCAUCUUUCUUUCCAGU